AUGGACGACAACACGACGACGUUCCCGCUUGGCCAGAGCCUGUACGUCGACGCGACGCACAAGGUUGUCGUCCUCAGCGUUCUUACGGCACUGAACCUGAACAACUUCGCCGCGACUGGUCCCCUGCCAUACACCCACAUCCCACCACGCCGGUCCUUCAAGACCUCGCACCUCGCGCCUUUCGCGACCAAUGUCUACUUCCAGUUGCUCUCGUGCGCAGACACGCACGGCCCGCAGAUACGAAUCAUCGUCAACGACGGCGUUGUGCCACUCACGUCGCUGCGCGGAUGCCCGCACCAGCCCGACGGGCUCUGCCCACUCGACACCUUCGUCGCUGCACUGAGCGAGAUCAUCCAAACGACAGACUGGCAGUGGGGGUGCCACGGUAACUGGAGCGUCACCGCUGGCCAUGUGUGGAACACCACGACGGGGUCCUACCCGCCGCCUGCGUGA